GCCCCGCCCCGGCUUGCCCCGCCCCACACGCCAGCCCCGUCUCGGCCCCUCUAGGAUCUGGCCGCAGCUGCCGCGCCCGUCUCCGCUGACCAAGUCCCGCGGACGUGGAGCGAAGAGGCGGCAGAUGGCAGCUCCAAGGGAACUUGGGACCACUGGCAGUUCAUCGGCAGGAAACAGGCACCGGAGUCAUCUGGGCAUCCCCGAAGCAGUGUUCGUGGAAGAUGUAGAUGCCUUUAUGAAACAGCCUGGAAAUGAAUCUGUUGAUAUUGUACUCAAGAAAUUAGAUGAGCAAUAUCAGAAGUAUAAGUUUAUGGAACUUAACCUUGCCCAGAAGAAAAGGAGGCUAAAGAAUCAGAUUCCUGAAAUCCGACAGACAUUACACAUUUUAAAGUAUAUGCAGAAGAAAAAGGAGACCCCAAAGCCCCUGGAGACUAGAUUCUUGCUGGCUGAUAACCUGUACUGCAAAGCUUCUGUUCCUCCAACGGAUAAAGUUUGUCUGUGGUUGGGUGCCAACGUGAUGCUGGAGUAUGAUAUUGAUGAAGCCCAGCUGCUGCUGGAGAAGAACCACUCUAUGGCCACCAGCAACCUGGAGUCUCUUGAGGAAGACCUAGACUUUCUGCGGGAUCAGUUCACCACCACAGAAGUCAAUAUGGCCCGAGUAUACAACUGGGACGUCAAGAGAAGAAACAGGGAGGAGGCUCCCAAAGCCGGAGUGGCAUAGUGUGCUCACCAUUGGGCCCAUGGCUCAGCUUUCCCAAGGGGCUUGGCCUUUGGAGAUCUGAAUUUUGACUUGGGAAUAAUUGCUUUUUAAACAAGAAGGGCAUUAAAAUGAAGGCAAAAUGGAGCACACAUAUUCUUUAUAAAGAUAAAAUUUGGCCUUGUUAUUUGUCAUGAAAUUUUAUUAUAAUUGUUCAACCAAGGAAAUAUGGAAUUUGGAUUCAGUUAUCUCCAUGAUCCCUCUGAGCUCUGACAUUCCAUAUCUUUGAUUAACUUAAACCUGAAAUUUGCCUCCAGCAAAGCUGCAUAGGUGGCACUGUCCCCUGGACACCCUAUGAGUCUUUAUUCUUCUGUAUUUGUUAUUGUUUACCUUUGAAGUUUAGAGAGAGGGAAAAUGUAUGGUUCCCAUUUUGCAAACCUGUUGUUCUUUGUUAAACCAGUCUAUUGUAAGUUUGAUGGUUCACAAGUUGAUUUUUUUCCUCUGGUGUAAAUUUGGUUAAUUCCUGGUCAGUCUCCUAAAUGUUUUGUACUUUUUCAUGAAAUGAUUUAUCCUCCCUUAUAACUUAAGACAUGGAAUAUAUUUGAACAGCAACAAGGUUUGUUGAGGCCACAUGUUCUUUGCCCACUUUCUUUCCAAAGUUUCGUCAACUAAAAAGAAAAUUGAGUGGCCAUUGUGCAGUAAUGAAGUAAUAUGAUGAAAAUCUCUUGCCUAAAUCUAUGGCGAACAGCCUAGCAGUUCAAAAGAGCAUCUUAAGAGGGGAAACUAAUUUCAUUGUUAAUUAAUUUAAAAAGAAGGAAGUAUAUAAGCUAUCCUGAAUUUAAAGUGAAACUUUACAUAGGAUUAUAAAACUGCUAUAGUGAAACAAGUAGUUUGUACCUCUGCUGCUGAGUGAUGCAGUUUGCUAAACAUAGAAAUGUAUUCUUUUGCUUUCAAGUAGUGAAUGGUACAUUUGUAAAGUUUGUAUGCUUUUCUUUCAAAAUAUUAAAACAGUAAAAUGAAA